ACCGUAGAACAAGAGUCUGCCAUAUUGCAGUGAUACAGCGAGUUUACCUGGUUUGAGCUCUAUUCCGUCAGCUUUCUUUUGCUAAUAUGCUUUCAUCUCAGAUUUUUGGAGAUCCUGGGAAGAUGAAAGAGUACCAUUACACUGGCCCAGUAGAGCACCGGUUUUCGCCAUACGCUUUUAAUGGAGGAACUGUACUAGCUGUUGCCGGGGAAGAUUUCGCAAUUGUAGCCUCAGACACCAGGCUGAGUGAAGGCUACUCAAUUCACAGCCGGGACUCCCCAAAAUGCUACAAGCUCACAGACACAACUGUCAUUGGCUGCAGUGGUUUCCAUGGUGACUGCCUCACUCUGACAAAAAUAAUUGAUGCCAGGCUAAAGAUGUACAAACACUCAAACAACAAGACGAUGACCAGUGGAGCCAUUGCAGCCAUGUUGUCCACCAUCCUGUACAGCAGGAGAUUCUUCCCAUACUACGUUUACAACAUCAUUGGGGGACUGGAUGAAGAGGGCAAAGGAGCAGUGUACAGCUUUGACCCAGUGGGUUCCUACCAGAGAGACACCUACAAGGCUGGAGGAUCAGCCAGUGCCAUGCUGCAGCCACUACUAGAUAACCAGAUUGGAUUCAAAAACAUGGAAGGUGUGCAGCAUGUUCCUCUGACUCAGGAAAAGGCGGUUCAGCUGGUCAAAGAUGUCUUCAUCUCGGCUGCAGAGAGAGAUGUCUACACCGGAGAUGCCCUUCGGAUUUGCAUCAUCACUAAGGAGGGCAUUAAUGAGCAGACAAUACCACUGAGGAAGGAUUGAGGAGUAAAGUCUCCUCUUCAAUCUGUCUCUUCCACAUUUAUUCUGCAGAUUUAAUCCCUUUAUACCAGGUUUGUUAGAACAGGAGUGUUGAUCCAGAGGUUGAUUCAUGUUGCCUCUUAACUUUGGCUUUAGUUUGGAAUCCUUGUUUAAAUGAUUUGACAGCUUGAUCCUAGAUCAGCACUCCUGUUUUGAGAAACCAGUUCUGUACCCAUGCCUGCUUAGACUCUGCCUCUGUAUUGAUUUUUCAUGCUAUUCUUUUUACAUUCUUAAUAAAUGUUAAGAAUUUAA